GUUAAUUCGGCAGAUUCUUGACAUUUGAUUGAGCUGUGAGGAAAGUCUUUUAAAACUAGCUAGCAAGCUCAAUAACUAGACGUGUUAAAAUAACUAAAGCAUUUCUGUAAAGGUAUGUGAAGUACUGACAAUGCCACUGCUAUUUUUUGUAAUUUCAAAUGGAAACGGAACAACCCUAUGUUGAAACGUUACAGACCUACUUUCAUACUCUUGUGAUUUGGACACAGUUGAAAAUUACAGGUCAGCAUAUCAUCAGACUUGUGAUUUAAAGGUAAAGUUAAAGGACUGUCGACGCUAGACAGGCGACAUGUCUCUUCGACUCUUCUCGUUGUUUCUGUUGCCUUUCUGUUUGGAGGUGUUUAGCCAUGACCUGCUUGAGGCUCAAGCUGGUUCAGCACCUAGCGCUGCAAAAACUUUAGUAUGGGGACCAGGGCUGGAGACGAACGUUGUCCUUCCAGCUCGGUUUUUCUACAUACAUGCGGUGGACGGCUCAGGGACAAACUUCACCACAUCACCUGGUGAGAAGACCAUUGAAGUGAAGAUUAUGUCUCCGGUGGAGGAGUUCACUCGGAUCUGGGUUCAGGUCCUGGAUCGUCGGGAUGGUUCGUUCCUGGUUCGCUACAGAAUGUAUGCCACCUACACAGACCUGCACAUCCACAUCAUGCUCAAGAACAAGCAUGUUGCAAAGUCGCCAUAUGUCCUUAAAGGCCCUGUCUAUCACGAGGGAUGCCCCUGUCCUCAGCUUAGUGGCUCUGUAUGGGAGGCCCACAUGCACUGUCCUCAGUCUUUUGCCCAAAUAGAUCAGGAUCUGUCCCUUUACAAGUCUGUUGACCCAGAUCGCAUUGCACAGGAGAUCCCACAGCGCUUUGGGCAGCGGCAAAGCCUCUGCCACUACACAAUCAAAGACAACAAGGUCUAUGUUAAAACAUUUGGAGAGCAUGUUGGUUUUAGGAUCUUCAUGGAUGCCAUCCUCCUGUCACUCACACGGAAGGUGCAGCUCCCUGAUAUGGAGUUCUUUGUUAACCUGGGUGAUUGGCCACUAGAAAAAAGGAAACCCACUGAGAAGAUUCAUCCCAUUUUUUCCUGGUGUGGCUCGAACAACACCAGAGAUAUAGUCAUGCCCACUUACGACUUAACGGAGUCUGUCCUGGAGACGAUGGGGAGAGUAAGCCUGGACAUGAUGUCCGUCCAGGCCAACACAGGCCCACCGUGGCCAGAGAAGAACGCCACAGCCUUUUGGAGGGGACGGGACAGUCGUCAGGAGCGUCUAGAGCUGGUCAAGCUUUCAAGGGCUCACCCUGACAUUAUAGAUGCUGCUUUUACCAAUUUCUUCUUCUUUAAACAUGACGAGAGCCUCUAUGGGCCGCUGGUCAAACACGUCUCUUUCUUUGACUUUUUCAAGUACAAAUACCAAAUAAACAUUGACGGUACUGUAGCAGCAUACCGGCUGCCUUACCUGUUGGCAGGAGACAGCGCUGUCUUCAAGCAGGAUUCUGGGUACUACGAGCAUUUCUACAACGAGCUGAAACCAUGGGUUCAUUACAUCCCUGUAAGAGCAGACCUGGGAGACCUGCUGGAAAAGAUUCAGUGGGCUCGUGACAAUGACGAAGAGGCAAAGAAUAUUGCACUUGGAGGUCAGCAGUUUGCCCGCAAUCAUCUUAUGGGAGAUGUUAUAUUUUGUUAUUACUACAAACUUUUCAAGGAGUACGCCAAACUCCAAGUCACAGAGCCAAAGGUCCGGAAGGGCAUGGAGCUUGUAGAGCAGCCAGCUGAUGACCUCUUCCCAUGUUCCUGUCAUCGGGUCAGGGAAAAAGAUGAACUCUGACAUUUCGCCACACUGAAGCGCAGUCCUUCAUACUGUAUCUGAUAAGUUGCCAAACAAGUUUUCAAAGUGUAACUUAACUGUAUGACUGAUAUGAAUAUCCACUCAUUUUUAAUACAUUUUUCUUUUUCUAUGUUGUGUUCUUCUUUUCUACAGUUUGAUUCAUAAUUCAACAUUUAUGCGUGUGCAAAACUAAAUGACUCUUAAAAGAAUAAAAGUCACUACAAAACCACAAAUUAAAAAAAAAGGGGGGGGGCUCAUAGAGUCUGAACUACCAUCCUGGCAUCUGCAAAAAAUUUGUAUCUUUAGGCAUUUUGAGUAGCCUACUGCAAAGAAACGCAAGUUGAUCCCAUUUUUAAGUUGCAUCUACCAAAGAUACCAACAAUAAAAGUUUGACAGACAUGAAAUAAUGUUUUUUGCACCAACAUGGUAGUUCACAAUUAUUAGUCAAAAGCAUGGCUUGUCUCAACAUGGUGUGUUGUGUCCUUAACUUUUUUAUCAAACUGGACAAGUGGAGGACAAAGAGGUUGACGGUUCUAAAAAACAAUUUACCACAAAUAAACAGUGUCCUGAAAAUAGAUGUCACCUAACCUCAGAGGUGCGUCUGUAAUACAGUGGAGGUGUGAGGUGGCAUUGUGGGGUUUCUCAAAAUUGCUAAAAUUGUGAACACAGAGAAAUACUGUCUGAUUUUUAUCCACCAUGCAGUGCAAUCUGGAAAGAUUCCAACUUGCAACAGCUUCAUUUCCCCCUAACAUACCCUGAACUAUUUAAAAUUUAAUUUUGAUUAUAUUUAAAAUAUUUUUUUAUUUAAAAAGAAAAAAUAAAGCGGUGAUGGUAAAAGAGCCUCUGUUACAAUGCUACAGAUGAAAGGAAGGACACACACUGCUGCUUGAAGGUCUGUACGUGAGGAAGGUGCAGUGCUGUGUACU